AUGUUCGGCUGGGGUUAUGAUUUUGAUGCCUAUGGCUAUGGGUACGUCGAGUCCGACGGUCACAACGACUAUGAUGACUGCUACGUCAGCAGAAGGAGCGACAGCUACGUCAGCAGAAGAAGAGAGUCUACAAAAGACGGCUUUCGUCGCUUCGAACACUACGCCCAAGGACUUCUUGCAGAACUUGCCAUCCAGCGUAAGACCGGGGAGUUCCUUGAUGUGGUAGUACAAGUAGAGGGUAGGGAGUUCCCGUGCCACCGUGCCGUGUUGGCAACCACGCCGUACUUCAAAGCCAUGUUGUCGUCCAAUUUCACCGAGAGUAGCUCAAAAGUCGUUCACCUGCGCGGGAUUGACUCCAUCAGCUUUUCCAAGAUCCUGGACUUCCUAUAUAGCGGGAAAAUCCGUAUCGGUAAAGACGAUGUCCAGGACAUUCUGCAGACGGCACGCAUGCUACAAUUUGAUACGAUUCUGCAGUACUGUUGGGAGUUCAUCCAAGACAACCUGUGCCCGGCCAACUGUCUUGGCGUCAUGCGUCUUGCAGACAUGUAUGGUCUUUCUCUCCUGAAGAAGAGCGCAAGGAACAUGGCAGUGUCAAACUUCUCAGACGUCACACAAGGUGAGGAGUUCCUUAGCCUUACGCUUUCGGUGCAAGAGCUCUUAGAUCUACUGGGAGACGAGGAUCUGAAAGUUACGAAUGGAGACGACGUUGUCACUUCUGUGAUCAGAUGGCUCGACCACUGUGUCCCAGCUGAGAAUCGUCAAACGGCAAUCCAAAGCGUGCUACAGAAGCUCAAGUCACACCCUGUGAUACGAGAGUCCGCAGAAUGCCUGGCAAAAAUCACAGCAGCCCGGGACAAACAUCUUCUCGGAAUAUCAGACAACAUGGCCAUCAUUAUCGGCGGUUGGAAGGCAUUCAAGAAAACACAUCCAAUUUACGAUGAGCAUCCCAUCAUUGUACAGCCGGCGCCCCUGCAAAGCAUAAUUUGCUUAGAUCCAGACAGUCAGCAGUACUACCACGUCACUACUCUACCGACGUCUGUCUCCGGCUACAUGAGUGUGGCAAGUACGGAAGGAUACCUGUACGUGACAGGUGGGCGUGUCCAGCCUUUGGUCGGCCAUGGUCCUCACACCGUCCCGUCCAGGCAAGCCUUCCGGUACGAUUUCUCCUCAGACACUUGGCUGAGGUUGCCCGACAUGCCCGCUGGCAGGGCGGACCAUCAGUCGGUGGUCGUUGACGGGAAACUCUUCCUGGUCGGUGGUGACACUUUGGUGACCAUGGAUUGCUAUGAUCCCGAAGAAGGGGCUUGGAUAAAGGUGCAUUUGUCGCCGACAAUAGACUCUUCAUCGGACUUUACGGUAGCAGCCUUCCGGGACAAGGUUGUCUUCAUCCAGGUAUCAGAGAGCGCCGAUGACCACCCCAUUGAUGUACAGCUCGGUGUUGCGAUGCAUUACGGGCUGCGCAUGGGCUACACGAUCCCGACGCGAAACCGACACAAACUCUGUGUUCAUGCGUUUGAUGUGAAAACAAAAGGUUGGACGUACGCCGAUGUCUCGCUGAAUACCACUUCGGAGGAAGUUGACAUCGUUGCAACUGCUGUCGACGACAAGCUUCAUAUCCGCAACAGACGCUCACCGCGCCGGUACUCCGCCCUGUACAUCUUCGAUGCCGAAAAGGAGACGCUAACUGAGGGUGAAAAUAUGCAAGAUUUCAAAGACUACCUUCACGCAAAAAGUGAGAACAGUUACCGCUACAUGAAUGGACAGAAAGGCAUCGUUGAUACCAUUAUCAACUACGAUUUUGGAGACCGCUACAAUCCCAAACUGACGACGACGCCCCUUCCCUUUGCCUUGUUCGGCCACAGUUUCUUAGAAACCAAGAAGAGUUGCGUCGGCUGGUACUGUCGGGACCUUGCAACCCUGCAGAACGAGAACUCAGACACGGACUGUGGGUCAGCAUGA